ACUUCGCAUUGCGAACUUUGAGUCCCUCAGACCCAAGACCCUUUGACGAUAAUUAGGUGGCUCUGCCUGGCGCAAAGUCGCAGAUUCCGAUUGUUCUCAGCCAGACAAUAAUACCACACGAGAACUGAUCCUGACGCAAAGUUCCUCGACUCGUUUUCUGCAUUCGUUUCUUACGACAAACGCCAGACUUUUUCCCGAUCGCAAGACCAGGGUUCCUCCCGGCGUCAACACCCAGACCAGACCGCACCUUCCUCGUUUUGCGCCGGAAGCCUGAACGGGUUCAAUUGCCUCAAGGCUCCUUCCAUCUAAAGGACCUGAGCUGGCAUUCCACACCGGCUCGCCCGUAACAACACCAACGUUUCCACCUCAACUGGAGUGAAAACGCAUUUCCCGACGACCCCGCCAAACUACCGCACAACCCAAACACCAACAUGUCCGAGCAAGUCGAUCUGACCACAAUCCCCAUCUCACCAGAUGGGGAUAGGGGCGAGAACGAGAGCAGUACCGCGGCCGCCGAUAUCGAUAGCAAGCUAGUGACUGUGUUCCACGACAAAGAUAACUUCAAUGUCAAGCACCCUCUUCAAAACAAGUGGACCCUGUGGUUUACAAAGCCAUCAAGCGGCAAGGGCGAUAACUGGAACGACCUGCUAAAGGAAGUUAUCACCUUCAACUCAGUUGAGGAGUUCUGGGGUAUCUACAAUAACAUCGCACCCGUAUCCGAGCUGGCACUCAAGUCCGACUACCACCUGUUCAAGGAGGGUGUGCGACCAGAAUGGGAGGACCAGCAAAACAAGCACGGUGGCAAAUGGUCGUACUCUUUCAAGGAGAAGCGCAACAUCGACAUCAACGACAUCUGGCUGCACACAAUGCUUGCUGCCAUUGGCGAGACACUUGAGGAAGAUAACGAUGGUGAGGUCAUGGGUGUCGUGGUUAACGUACGAAAGGCCUUCUUCCGUGUCGGUGUCUGGACUCGCACCAUCGGUAAGAGUAUUCCUAACCGUGGCGACGGCGAUGUCGCCGGAGGCAAGGGCCGCCCGGCCGAGAAGGGCAAGCAGAUCUUGGAGAACAUCGGCAAACGCUUCAAGGAGAUCUUGAAGCUGCCGGCCACCGAGUAUGUCGAAUUCUCAGGCCAUACCGACGCAGCGCAUAGCGGCAGCACUCGUGCAAAGGCCAAGUUCACUGUCUAAGCAGGCAGUCUGCAGAUUGAGCAACGGUACACGCCGGGCAACGCAACAUGGAGGCAUAUUUUCUGCACCAUCAACAAAUGGAGGAGCGCAUUACCCAGUGGACAGACAUCUGCGAAAUGAUGACCAAAAAGAUUAGACUGGGUCUCCAUGAGGGAGUUCUUAACACGACGCUAUCAUGUCUUGCCGACUGUCUUCGAUCAGUCAAGGAUUCGUGCAUCCUUAUACCAAGAUGCGGUAUGUAGAUUCAGCAAUGGAUUACAUAAUUCUGCAAAGCUUUACUUAUAUGAUCAUCCAUGCGUGAUAGCGGAUCCUUCUAUAUAUAUAUAUAGUCACUGAAGAUGUUGCCCUGGCUGCUACAU